AUGCCUCAGCCCCCUCUAGCAUCCCCGCCCACGUACGACCCCCCUCACCUACGACCCGCCCACGUACGACCCCCACCUACGACCCCGUCCACACGUACGACCCGCCACACCUACGACCCGCCCACACGUACCGCCCACACGUACGACCCCGCCCACACGGACCCCAAAGACACUAUCCAAGGACCCCCAAAAGACACUAUCCAGGGACCCCAAAGACACUAUCCAGGGACCCCCAAAGACACUAUCCAGGGACCCCUAAAGACACUAUCCAGGGACCCUAAAGACACCUAUCCAGGGACCCCCAAAGACACUAUCCAGGGACCCUAA